UGUCAUUACGUUAAAAACAGAACAUCAAAUGUGCAUGUACAAAAUUCACAGGAUUUUUUUGAAUAAAAGUGUAAAGGAAAAUGGAUUACAAUGAAAUAUUAUCCGAGUUGAUAUACAAUGCUGAUGAUCAGGUUACAAAUUUUGAUGAUAAGAUGGUACAAAUGAUUCAGAAGGUAAAGCCACUUUUGCCAAAAGAUAUGCAAUGUAUCGAAAAUUUGUCUAUGAGACAACAAUAUCUAAAUAUAUUAACUUAUAUAUUGCGUGGUAUUAAGCAAGAAAAUAUAAAUGUAGAUACUGAUGCACCUUUUAAUGUGAAUCAAUAUCACUCUGUGAAAAUAGCUGUGGAAUUUAUAAUAUUAAUUGGAAUCAAACCUUUUCUACUACCUGGUGUAGGUAUAGAUGUACAUAAAUUAUGCCCCAUAGCUUCAACAAUUACCGAAGAAAAGAAUUUGAGUUGCUUAGAGAAAUAUGAACGAUUGUGUUUCUCAACACACUUACUCUUAGAACUUUACGAUGAUCUUAAUUUGCGACCAGUUGUACUUUUACGAAUUGGCUUUUUAAUGGCCGCUCUGUUACAAUUGUCUCAUGCUCCACUAGCUAAACCAGUGGACAAAGUUCAACCUAUGAAUUUAAAUAAUCAGGAAUUUCGAAUGACAACGGAAGAAUAUCAAAAGUUGCAGAAUCGUCAAAAAAUAUUUCACACUAAAUUAAUUUUGCUAUUAAGUAAUUGCCCACAUGAUAUAUGUUUUCGGGAAUUAAUGGCAAUUCUUGGAGUGCAAAAUGCACCAAAGUGGCUACGUAAAGAAACUCAAAACUAUCUAAUUAAGAUGCUUAUGCAACCCAAUGGGGUAUCAUCUUUGAUUGCUACAAUUUAUAAGAACAAUUUAGACUUGGGUGUGGAUUGGAGAAAAUUAGAUACGUUUUCCCGACUGAUAGCAGCAACGCAUGGAAAGAAUAUCGAUGAAUAUUACAAAGCUGUAUGUCCACAGAUUUUAGAUAUGUUUUCCUCAGAUAAGUUCAAGCAUGGCUCAAUAAUAGCAAACUGCUGUAUUAAAUCUUUGUAUGAUUAUAAUCCACAUAUUUGUCAGAAAUAUAUUAUAGAAGUCAUUUGUGAACCUUUAACAAUGAAAGAAUCACAUGUUUUUUCUGAAAAGAAGAUAGAAUGGUGUAUAAACAUACUAGCGAAAUGUUUUCUAACGGAAGAUUCCAAAUUCAAACAUGUACCUUGUAAAGUUAUUUUGUAUGUUGCUAUGCCUCUAUUUUGCUUAUACGAUAAAAUCUGCGAAAGUGCUUGUACGUUAAAAACAGAUUUACGACGACUUUUAUUAAAAAUUUUCGAAGAAGAGACAAUGCGGGAAAAGUUAUAUUCAGCUUUUCUAGGACAUGAUACAUCAGCAGAAUUUGGAAAUGCUAUAACAUCAGAAUUUGGGCCGACUGGCGGUAUCGAAAUUACUGGCUUGAAUAAAAAUUUGGACUAUGAAAAAUUAGCUGAUACUAUUUUCGACUUAGUAUCCAUCGCUAAGGAUUUGUCUCCCAGUUUAUUCUGUUACAUGUUGAAGUUCCUGUCAAAUAUAAAUAAAUCGAACUAUGAAAUUGAACAAUCGAAAAUGUUGGAGACAGAAGACGAUAAAAUAGAACGCAUCACGAUGCAAUUAGCAGCUCAUAAACUUCUAUCGCAAUUAGCCAGCACAAGUAUCGUUCAAGACGCACAAGUAAAAAAUCCUGAACCGUUACUGUCGUUUAUAAAAUCGUUAUUUAAUGAAUAUAUCAAAAACCUUCAGAAGAAAACUGAAGAGAACGAAUGCGAGAUGUUGUACAUUAGUUUAAUGUUGAUAAAAAUGAUUUUGCUCGAGAAAAAUGCAUCAAUCGAAAUCGUUCUCUUCAAAGAUUUUAAAACGUUUUUAGAAGACCAUUUGAAGAACUCGAAUGUGUCAGCACAACUUAAAGCAUUGAUCAGCGAAGUGGUGACUUGUAUCACGACACAUGAUUCUCGAAUUAGAACGGAGAGGAGAUAUUAUCAAGAUUUGUCCAGUUCGUCGGAUAAAUUUGACCAAGCCUUAAGGGAUCUCGCGGAUCCAUUACUUCCUGUUCGGGCGCAUGGUCUUGUGGUACUCACGAAACUGAUUGAGACUAAAGAUUCUUACGCUGUUGCGCGCAAUGCGAUCAUCUUGCGUUUGUUUGAGGAGAAUUUAAAGCAUGAAGACUCAUUCAUAUAUCUAGCAUCUAUCAAUGGGCUGUGCGCAAUGGCAACUGCAUUUCCAGAAAAAGUUAUAGAAACACUAAUGCUUGAAUAUAUUGAUAUGCCCAAACGUGCUGCAAUAUCGGAAAUAACUAUCGAAACUAGGAUAAAACUCGGAGAAAUAUUGGUUAAAACAACGAAAGCCUUGGGUGAAAUGAGCGUGGUUCAAAAAAAUAUUCUGCUUAAUGGUUUUUUGUGCGCAAUUCGUGAUGCGGAUCCUUUGGUACGAGCCUCUGGUCUCUCUUGCUUAGGGGAGCUCUGCAAAGUAUUGAACUAUCGUCUGGGAAACGUUCUCACUGAAAUUCUCUACUGCAUCACAUGUAUAUUAAAAUCGGACAAAGUACCUGAAUGUCGGCGUGCUGCCGUGCUGGUCGCAACGCUUCUGUUUCGCGGUCUUGACCGAAAUUUAUUGAGUAGCUGUACCAGUGACAUGAUCGACCUGUAUCGCGAAUUGCGCAGUUUGCGCGAUGACAAAGAUCCCGUGCUACAGCUUCAUGUUCAAUUAGCCUUCGAGGAGAUUGAUCGCAUCAUGCGAAAUCUAUUCACGGAAUUACCCACAUCCAGAAAGAGGAUAUCUUGAAAAAAUAUUUUUAAAAUAUCCAAAAUACAUGUAGUAAGACGAAUAAAUGCAUUGAAAAAUAGCACGCAUUGCAUCAUAUAUUACUUCUUGCCUUCUUUCAGUCCUUUGAACGAAUGCGAAAUCGAAAGGUACGUG